UGUCUUCUGAUAAGCUUCUGUCAUAGGCAAUACAACUCCAACAUUAUUGGGAGCUUGUUGUCUACCUCCAGUUCUCCAUCACCUCAACUUCCUCGAUUAAAAGAAAAUGGUGACUGUAGAUGAAGUACGCAAGGCUCAACGGGCGGAAGGUCCGGCCACUGUGUUGGCCAUCGGAACAGCAACUCCUACCAAUUGUGUUGAUCAAAGCACCUACCCUGACUACUACUUUCGGAUCACCAAUAGUGAGCACAAGACGGAGCUUAAAGAGAAGUUUCAGCGCAUGUGUGACAAAUCUAUGAUCAAGAAGCGAUACAUGCACUUGACUGAGGAUAUCUUGAAAGAAAAUCCCAAUAUCUGUGCAUAUAUGGCUCCUUCAUUGGAUGCUAGACAAGAUAUAGUGGUGGUCGAGAUACCAAAGCUAGGCAAAGAAGCUGCUGUUAAAGCUAUCAAAGAAUGGGGCCAGCCAAAAUCCAAGAUCACCCACUUGGUUUUUUGCACGACUAGUGGCGUAGACAUGCCUGGUGCUGACUAUCAGCUAACUAAGCUUUUGGGUCUCCGCCCAUCGGUGAAGCGGCUCAUGAUGUACCAACAAGGUUGUUUCGCAGGCGGAACUGUGCUCCGCCUCGCCAAAGAUCUCGCAGAGAAUAACAAAGGUGCUCGAGUUCUUGUUGUCUGCUCCGAGAUAACAGCCGUGACAUUCCGUGGCCCAAGCGACACACACCUUGAUAGUCUUGUAGGCCAAGCUUUGUUCGGCGAUGGUGCAGCAGCUAUCAUUGUGGGAGCAGAUCCAGUGCCCCAAGUGGAGAAGCCAUUGUUUGAACUUGUCUCUGCGGCACAAACCAUUCUUCCAGACAGCGACGGAGCUAUAGACGGACAUCUCCGAGAAGUUGGGCUUACAUUUCAUCUGCUGAAGGAUGUUCCUGGGCUCAUCUCAAAGAACAUAGAGAAGUCGCUUGUGGAAGCAUUCCAGCCACUGGGAAUCUCAGAUUGGAACUCUCUGUUUUGGAUUGCUCACCCUGGUGGCCCUGCAAUUCUUGAUCAAGUAGAGGUCAAGCUGGGGCUAAAGCCCGAAAAGCUACGAGCCACAAGGCACGUUCUUGCUGAUUACGGGAACAUGUCGAGUGCAUGUGUGCUGUUCAUUUUGGAUGAGAUGAGGAAGAAGUCUACUGAAGAUGGGCUUAAAACCACUGGAGAAGGGCUUGAGUGGGGUGUUCUAUUUGGUUUUGGGCCUGGGCUCACAGUUGAAACUGUGGUGCUCCACAGCGUGGCCACUUGAUUAGAGAGGCUACUGAGCUGAGCUGAUGUUGGCCUGCAUGGUCAACUUCUAUAAUUUCUACUUUCAUGGGUUCUAUUUUAUUUUAUUUUCUGCUUUGUUCAUUGUGAUGAAAUUGUUGUGUUUGGAUCCAGGUUUUACCUUGUAGUAAUUGCACUUUCAAAAAAAAAACCAUAUAGUUAAUAAUAAAUGCACCAUUUUAUUUCACAAGCAAAA